AUGGCUUUGGCUAUUACACUAUCAUCAGCUACAUCUUCUGAAAUGGAAGAACCAAACUCGUCUCAUCAAGGAACAAGCCACUUCUUCCUUUCACGAAAACAAAACAGAGUAUCUCUCACAUGUGACAAAUACCCCAAAGUUUGUCUUAUCAAUGGUAGCGCCGGCCCUGAUUGUUGCAACAACAAAUGUGUCAAUUUUACAAGAGACAUGUUUAAUUGUGGGAAGUGUGGAAAGAAAUGUAGCUUUCCAAAGAUAUGUUGUGAAGGUAAAUGUGUGAAUCCAAGGAGUAACAAGAAACAUUGUGGGAAAUGUGGUAACAAGUGUGAGAGUAGAGGUUCUUGUGUUUAUGGGAUGUGCAGCUAUGCCUAG